CUCUACGAGCCGAGACGAACCCGCCGAGCAGCGCCGGGGGGAACAAAAAAAAAAAAAAUCUGGAACUAGGGUUUUUCGCGAAUCCCAGCCCCAUUGCCCGCCGCGGCCUCCGCUCCUUGCAGUUGCGAGGAACUUGCUCACUAUUACCGGAAUCUGUCAGAGUUUUUGCAAGGAUGUCGUGGUGCACGAUCGAGUCUGAUCCUGGUGUUUUCACCGAGUUGAUCCAGGAGAUGCAAGUAAAAGGUGUGCAGGUGGAAGAGCUUUACUCUCUCGAUGUGGACGCUAUUAGUGAACUACGGCCAGUUUAUGGGCUAAUUUUUCUAUUCAAGUGGAUGGCUGGGGAAAAGGAUGAGCGACCUGUCGUCAAAGAUCCAAACCCGAACCUUUUCUUUGCUAGCCAGGUCAUCCCUAAUGCAUGUGCUACCCAAGCUAUUCUGUCAAUUCUCAUGAACCGCCCGGAAAUUGACAUAGGCCCAGAACUAUCCAAUCUGAAGGAAUUCACAGGAGCUUUUGCACCUGACAUGAAGGGCCUAGCUAUUAACAACAGUGACUCUAUCCGGACAGCUCACAACAGUUUUGCCAGGCCUGAGCCAUUUGUCUCAGAUGAGCAAAAAGCUGCUGGUAAGGAUGAUGAGGUCUACCAUUUCAUAAGCUAUUUACCUUUUGAAGGUGUCCUCUAUGAGCUUGAUGGCUUGAAGGAAGGGCCCAUAAGCCUUGGGCAGUGUUCUGGUGAAGCCGAUGACCUUGAUUGGCUACAGAUGGUGCAGCCAGUUAUACAAAAAAGAAUUGAGCGCUAUUCACAGAGCGAGAUUAGGUUUAACCUUAUGGCCAUCAUUAAGAAUAGGAAAGAUGUAUAUACUGCUGAGCUGGAGGAGCUGGAAAAGAGAAGAGACCAGCUUUUGCAGGAGAUGAAUGAGUCCUCAGCAGCAGAGUCCCUAAACAGUGAACUUGUAAAUGUGGCAUCAGCUAUUGAGACUGUCAGUGAGAAGAUUAUCAUGGAAGAAGAGAAGUUCAAGAAGUGGAGGACGGAGAACAUCCGGAGGAAGCACAACUACAUUCCCUUUCUAUUCAAUUUCCUCAAGAUGCUGGCAGAAAAGAAGCAGCUAAAGCCAUUGGUGGAGAAGGCCAAGCAGCAAAAGGCUUCCAGCACAAGCGCGAGUACCAGAUGAGGCCAAGUGCCGCUGUUGUCUCUAUCAAAUUCGUUGGUUUACAUUUUGAGGAAAACUUUCGUGGGGUACUGGGGUUAGUUGCAUUUUCCCUCUCUGAGAAUGCGUUCUGCUAUCUGAUACGGCACAUUCUUGGGCAGCAUAGAGAUAUCACUAAGUUUAUGAACCGAGUCCAUUCUCUUCAAUCUUUUUCCAUGUGUUGUAUUAUCUAUUAUGACUUUCUGCCCUUGUGUGAUGGAUAGAACUGUAGAAGGGGUCAUUUGGGUCUUAAGGGCGGUGGCAUUGUUUAUUUUGCGUCAGGGCAAUUGUUUAUCGAAUAGAGAAAUACAUUUUGAAG